AUGCCUAGCUCAUGUCAGGACAUCAGAGAGGCGCUGGCCCAAUGCCUGCAAGAGUCGGACUGUAUUAUGGUCCAGCGGCACACACCACGCGAAUGUCUCUCAUCACCACUCGCCGAACAAUUACCCAUGAAGUGUCAGCAGUUGCGCAAAGGAUUUGCCGAGUGCAAGCGUGGUAUGGUUGAUAUGCGCAAGCGAUUCCGAGGAAACCACCCUGUCUCGGUCAAGAAGGAGAUGGACGAACAAAAGUCGGAGUCAUCAGGACAACUAUACGCUGGACGCCCAGCAUACACGACCGUCAAGGAAUUGAGCGGCGACGAAGUUCAGAUGGACCCCGAGAAGACUCGUGGACUGUAA